CAUUAGGCUUGUUCUUAGUAGCUGUACUGGUACAAUAAUAAGUUAGAAUGAGAAAAAAUAUAUUUGUCUCAUUCUAACUUAUUGCACCAGUGCAGCAGUGUAGCGACGAAGAACAGGCCUAUUAGUAAACAGUAGCGUCUGCGUGUAGCGUAUGAUUUGUUAAAUACCGAGAAUCGAGGGAGAGAACAGCGAUUUUGUAAAAAUUAUCUCGCAUUAAAUCACACUGAAAAAAUGUCGGCGAUGUUAACUGCCGAUUGGUUUCCUUUGGGUCGGGACGUGUACUUUCGCAAAUUCGAGUUGUAUCCAAUAUCUUUCCAGCAUGAGAUUUCCAACAACAAUUUGCUAGUAGCAGCUCCUUACGGGGGUUCUAUCGCCGUGACGAGAAACCCCAGGAAGCUUGUCAAGGUCCAAGGGGCCAGCAAGCCUUUGAUACUAUUGUACACAUCCUCUGGAAAAUUGACGGCCAAGUUGCAAUGGAGCAGUGGGCAACUAGUGUCAUUUGGCUGGUCCCAGCAAGAAGAAUUACUGUGUGUGCAAGAUGAUGGUAUGGUUCUCAUAUACGACAUGUUUGGAACUUAUCAGCAUACCUUUAGCAUGGGAAAUGCGGCCAAGGAUACUAAGGUCAUCGAUGCGAAGUUCUUUGUGACAUCCAACAGCACCGGGAUAGCUGUUUUGACGUCCACCAAUCGUAUAUUUCUGGUGAACAAUGUGUCCGAGCCUAAAGUUCGACCAAUCACUGAUAUGCCAAGAUAUGGUCAAAUUGAUUGUUGGCACAUGGUACAUUGUGACAGGGAGACACAAGUAAUUUUGUCAAAUAGAGAAGGAAUAUUUGUAAUUCAUCAGUCUCAUCAAAACACUUUUUCAUUUAAUACUCUCUUCAGCAAUAAGAUUAAUAAUGUGAUAGCAAUAGCUGUGUCUAGCAACAAUCGACACAUUGCGCUUUACUCUGACACUGGACAUCUGUACAUCGGUUCAAUAGACUUUAAAGAGAAAUAUUGUGAAUGUUACACAAACAUGAAGGAGCCUAUGGCAGAUAUAGCUUGGUGUGGAACGGAAGCUGUAGUGUGCAGCUGGAAUAGUACAAUAAUGGUGGUGGGACGUAUGGCUGAUACUAUAGUAUACAAUUACGAUGGUCCAGUACAUUUAAUUACGGAAAUCGACGGAGUGCGGGUACUGUCGAGUAAUUCCCACGAAAUAAUACAGAAAGUACCGAACGUUGUGCAAAGGAUAUUUAGGAUCAACUCAACAGAUCCUGCCUCUUAUCUCCUGGAGGCGUCUAAGCAGUUUCAAAAAAAGAGCCACAAGGCCGACAGUUAUAUAGAUUUAGUGAAAGAAAAGCUGGACUCUGCGAUAAAAGCGUGCAUUGAUGGCGCGAGUCACGAAUUCGAUUUCGAAACGCAAAAGAUUCUGAUGAGAGCUGCCAAGUUUGGAAAAGGAUUCAGCAAGACGAUAGACUCAGAAUAUUAUGUUCAAAUGUGCAGGGUUUUGAGGGUCUUAAAUGCUGUAAGACAUCCUGCAGUGGGCAUUCCAUUAACGUAUACACAAUUUAAUAUUCUCACAAAUCAAGUACUAUUAGAUCGACUGGUAGCACGAAGACAUUAUUAUUUAAGUAUUCAAAUAGCGCGUCACUUGCAGUUACCCGAGAUUGAUGGGGAAAGUAGAAUAUUAGCACAUUGGGCUUGCUACAAGGUGAAACAAACUCAGCUAGAUAAGGAACAAAUAGCAGAGGAAAUUGCUGAUAAAUUAGGAUAUGCUCCUGGUGUUUCAUACAGCGAAAUCGCGAAAAGAGCGGCAGAUUGUGGACGAAAACAAUUAGCCAUUAAAUUAAUCGAUUAUGAACCACGUGCACAUCAACAAGUACCUUUGCUAUUAACACUCGGCGAGGAGCGUGCUGCUUUGCAUAAAGCUGUGGAAAGCGGCAAUACAGAUCUAGUCUAUACUGUCAUUCUUCAUCUUAGAGAAAACAUGACUCUUGGAGAUUUUCAAAUGUCUAUAAUGCAUUGUCCUCUUGCAAUGGCAUUGUACAUUAAAUAUUGCCAGAGUCAUAAUAGAGAAACAUUACGUGAUAUUUACAAUCAGUAUGACGAUUUCCAUUCGCAAGCAGUGUGGUUUAUUACUGAAAGUUACCAACGAAAAAACAUAAUGUCGAGAGAUGCGUUACUGCAAUCCGCUCAGGAAAAUUUUAGAUUGGCUCGUAAUGAUACUAAUGCGUCGUUAACGGAAGAACAGAUAAAACUGUUGAAGUAUCAGAGAUCUUUAGAGGACACGCUGCACGAAUCAGUCAUGGGAAAGCCUCUGCACGAUACUGUGAGAGUAUUAUUAUUACGUAACGAGUUAAAAUUAGCAGAUAAAUUACGAUCGGAAUAUAAAAUACCAGAUCGAAGAUAUUGGUGGUUAAGAAUACAAUGCCUGGCAGAGCAAGGUUUAUGGAAUGACUUGGAAAAAUUCUCCAAAAGUAAAAAAUCUCCUAUUGGCUAUGAGCCAUUUAUAGAUGAAUGUUUAAAGUAUAAUGAGAAAUUAGAAGCAAGGAAAUACUUAGCCAAAGUUAAAGAUGACCUCAAAGUAAAGUAUCUAGUGAAAUUAAAUUUGCUUAGCGAAGCGGCGCAAACGGCGUAUGAACAAAAAGAUGCUUCGGCUCUCACAUUUGUGCUAGCACAAUGCGGGUCAUCAGACAGACAAUUUGUAGAUAAGAUCAAUAUGUUAUUAGCUAGUCUUAAAAAUUAAGAGUUUUAUUCUUUUUAUAAAAUUCAUUUAUAUACAAUUCAGAUAACAUUUAUGUCAACUUACAUUCAUAAUAAUCUUAAAAUAAUUUUACAGAUCAGUGAAUGUUAUACAUUCAAGUGUAACAUAAGUUGAUAAAAUAUUAAGUACUUUUUUAAUAAAAAAUAAAUUUUAAAUCUGUUAAAAUAUUCACUUGUUAUAAUUUGUAUAAAACUGUAACUGUAUAUUUGUUAUGUACAAAAUAGUAGUAUUUGUAAGUGAAUUCUGUAUAUUUGUAUCACUUUACAAUGCUGAUAUGUAUAUACAAUAUAACAGUACAUCCCGAA